AUGGCCAUCACGCAGGUCAACAUGUUUAACAAAGUGUCAUCCAAGCGAAGUCCCCUUCCGCCGCAGAAGGAGCUGGAGCUUGUCAACAUUUAUCUGGAGCAAGGCCGCACCGUCAGCGAGGAAGGGAAGCACGAGAUCGCGCUUGUGCUAUGUGAGGAGGCGGAGGCAUCGUUAUCCCAAAUGAAGAAAGGUGUGAAAGUCGCCGAGGCCGUCCAGGACGUUACGGAUCUCCGCCAUGGUAUCGCUUGUGCUUUUGUCAAGCUCAGUAAACUCUUGGACGAACUGAAGAAGCAGGAAAGAGCAAAAAAGAGCUACAAGAAGGCACAGGAGUGGGGAUACACCGAGGCGGAGGAGUUGUCCAUCUCGACUUUGCCGUCCCUUGAGACUGCAGUUUCCAUCGCGAUUCAGCCGCCCCUUGAAGCCUCGCCGUCACUCAAGACCACCAAAACAACCCAGCGGUUACUCAAGACCACAGCGUCUACCGCAGUUCAGCCGCCACUCGAGACUUCAAAUUCCGUCGCAACUCAGCCAGCGCUCUGCAGAUCGGCCACCAUUGAUAUCGACGUGUCUGUCAUUGGUGACUUUUUUGUCCAAGACAAGAACCCGCCUGUAAUCGAGUACAAGCUACCAGAAUCAGAUGAGCGUCUUGUCAACACGCACCAGCUUGUCUAUUGCCUUGGGCUCUUGAAAGCUCCGCCGUCGUCGGACGACCUUCGUCAGAACUCUGCCCUCAGCUGGGUCCAAGCAACACGAAACAAUGAAGACGAGCAGGAAAGGCUGAACACCUUGACGACGAAUCUAGUCCGCGCAUUCAUCCGAGAUGAGUUGAAGGGUCCAACGGCUAUUGCGGAGGUCGCAUGCUUGGCCCCAUUCCUCAACAGGGACGACUUUCGAUGCCUGCUGGAACUGUUUAUCGGCAGCAUUGAAAAAUCCACCUUGCUGGAUAUCCAUUCUCUUGAGGGACUGGCCAAGCUGGUACAGGGCGCGAACGAGGGCUACCUCGAGGCGGCUGAUCUAGUCAAGAUCCUGGGAGUCCUCAAUACACGCUUGCAAACCACCCACGCGCAAACUCAAAGCUAUAUCUAUCAGCUCAUGUUGGCCGUGUCGCGCGUCCUGGACGCCAUGGCCGACUGCAAGGUCGAGGGCUUGGAUCGUGUAACUCUUCACGAACGCCUUUCUGGAUAUAUCGACAAGCUGAAAGGCAGCGCCGACCCCCAUAUGGUGUACCUGGCCGCCUAUGCCUUUCAGGCUCUGGAGUGUGUACCUGACAACGAAAGCCCCUGGCAGGCCACAAAACGGCGCACAGGAAACGUGAUGCAGGGCGUCUUCAGUUUGGUGAAGGCGGCGAAGGGCCUGGAUAUUGAUAGCUUUCUGGAAGGCAUACGACAUAGCGGCCCCUUCAUGUGCAGAGGAUAUAAAAAGGCAUAUAAAAAAUAUCCAAAGUCCAAGGAACGGAGUGUUGACUUCCAUAACUGGCAUAUCUCUUCAUAG